AUGUUAACACCAAAUAGAAAGACUAAAAGAAGUUCUGGUGUUUAUGCUGCCUUUAAAUCUCCAUUAAAAGUGGUCGGUGAAAAUGAAAUGUCCACCGAUGCCUCCGAUGUUCGAAGCAGUAAAAUCCCUAAAAAUCUAAGUAGUAGUGACACGAGUCAAUUUGAUGCACUAAGUAAACUGGAUCAAAACGAAUCACUUCACCGAUAUAGCACCGGUUGUUAUUCAAGAAAUAAUAAUUCUUCAUUUAGCACACGGAAAUGUUCAACAUCGGAUGGUGUUGGUGAUAAUAUUACAUUAAAUUCUGAACAGCCAUUUUCAUCCUGUAUACAAUCUUAACAUUUUAAUCAAGUAUUCUCACGGAUAUAUUCGCGUCACUACACCCUUUGUACCUUGGUCUACGCCUAGAAAACUAUCUCAUAAACCACUGCGGAUUAGUAAUGAAUUAAGACAGUUACUAGGAAAAGGAAAGAACUUAUGGGACCGGCUUAUUGUGACUGGGAGGGAUGAGUUUUGGAUGGAAUACAGCGAAAUUCGAAACCUUUGUAAGUAUAGGAUUGACAAAAUUCGUAUAGAGUGUACGAGAUUUAUAAAGUUAUAUUUGUAAAAUCUCAGCGAA